CAUCGGGGCGCGUCGGCGCUGCGUGGCCGGCGGGCAGCCGGGUCGCCGCCCGGGCCGGUCUCGGGCCUGUUCCGCGCCUGCUGCGGGACCGUCGCCGGCGCUCCCACCUCGCUCUGCGGGGACCGCGGCGCCGCCUGGGCCCGCCCGCCGCCGGAGCCGCCGCGCUUCCGCCGCGCCCGGGCGGCCGCGGGGCCUGGGCCUGGCCCGGGGCGGCCCCUCCCGGCGGCCGGGCCUCCUGGACCGGGCUGUCGCGGGCCCUCCGCGGGAACGGCCCGGCCCCGCGCCGCGCGGCCGCCGGGGCCCGGGUCUCCGAGCGCUGGGCUCCGGCCUCUGAACUGCGAGGCCGCGCGAGGCCCGGCCUCCGCCGCAGCCCGGGCGCGGCCGCCGCCCGACCCUGUCCUCGCGUCCCGCCCUCGAGCGGGAGCAGGCGCCGGCGAAGAUGUGGCUGAAGCUUUUCUUCCUGCUGCUCUACUUCCUGGUCCUGUUCGUCCUGGCCCGGUUUUUCGAAGCCAUUGUGUGGUACGAGACGGGCAUCUUCGCCACCCAGCUGGUGGACCCGGUGGCGCUGAGCUUCAGGAAGCUCAAGACCAUCCUGGAGUGCCGCGGGCUGGGCUACUCGGGGCUGCCCGAGAAGAAGGAUGUCCGCGAGCUGGUGGAGAAGUCAGGUGACUUGAUGGAGGGUGAGCUCUAUUCUGCUCUCAAGGAAGAGGAGGCCUCUGAGUCCAUCUCCAGCACCAACUUCAGUGGUGAGAUGCACUUCUACGAGCUGGUGGAGGACACGAAGGAUGGCAUCUGGCUGGUUCAGGUACCGCGGACGGUGGCGGCCGAGGAGCGACCUUCACGAGGGGUGCUUCUCAGUGAAGCUUCUGUGGUCGUAGCCGACGACAGACGUCCUCUGGUGGGCAGAGUCCACUGGGAGAAAAUGGUGAAAAAGGUGUCGAGAUUCGGAAUACGCACGGGCACUUUUAACUGUUCCAGUGACCCCAGAUACUGCAGGAGACGAGGCUGGGUGCGAUCCACUCUCAUCAUGUCCGUUCCCCAGACCAGUACUUCUAAAGGGAAAGUCAUGCUCAAGGAGUACAGUGGACGCAGGAUCGAAGUAGAGCACAUUUUUAAGUGGAUAACUGCCCACGCAGCUUCUCGGAUCAAAACUAUUUAUAAUGCUGACCAUUUGAAAGAAGAGUGGAAUAAAAGUGACCAGUACUGGGUGAAAAUAUACCUGUUUGCAAACCUCGACCAGCCGCCAGCCUUCUUCUCUGCACUGAGUAUAAAAUUCACUGGAAGAGUUGAGUUUAUUUUUGUGAAUGUGGAAAAUUGGGUCAACAAGAGUUACAUGACAGACAUCGGUGUGCACAACAUGCCGUCCUACAUACUUAGGACUCCCGAAGGGAUCUACAGGUACGGAAACCACACGGGGGAGUUCAUAUCCCUUCAGGCCAUGGAUUCCUUUUUGCGCUCAUUGCAGCCCGAAGUCAAUGAUCUCUUUGUUCUGAGCCUGGUUCUUGUUAACCUUAUGGCUUGGAUGGAUCUAUUCAUUACACAAGGAGCUACCAUAAAGCGGUUUGUGGUUCUCAUAAGCACGCUAGGGACGUACAAUUCCCUGUUGAUAAUCUCCUGGCUGCCUGUCCUGGGCUUCUUGCAGCUCCCUUACUUAGAUAGCUUUUACGAAUACAGCCUGAAAUUGCUGCGAUACUCCAACACAACCACCCUGGCGUCCUGGGUGCGGGCGGACUGGGUGUUCUACUCCUCACACCCAGCGCUGUUCCUGGGCACCUACCUUGGACACGGUCUGCUAAUCGAUUACUUUGAGAAGAAGCGCCGGCGAAGCAACGCGGACGAAGUCAACGCCAACAACCUGGAGUGGCUGUCCAGCCUGUGGGACUGGUACACCAGCUGCCUCCUGCACCCGAUCGCCGCCUUGCAGAACUUCCCGGCAGACUCGGACUGGGACGAGGACCCGGACCUGUUCCUGGAGCGCCUGGCCUUCCCCGACCUCUGGCUUCACCCGCUGAUCCCCACUGACUACAUAAAGAGCCUGCCCAUGUGGCGGUUCAGGUGCCUCGGCGGCCCCUCGGACGAGGAGCUGUCGGAGGGCUCUGCGGACACGGAGAGCGAGUCGGACGGGGAGGGUGGCCUGCAGGGCGGCGCGGGCCUGAGCGCUGGGGGCUGCCGGCCCAGCGGCCCCGGGGCUGGGCCGUGCGCAGAGCCCGACUGGGGUGCCUGGCCCGCCGGCCUGCUGCGCUGCACCGAGUGCGUGGUCUGCCUGGAGAACUUCGGGGGCGGCUGCCUGCUGACCGGGCUGCCCUGCGGCCACGUGUUUCACCAGGGCUGCAUCAUGAUGUGGCUGGCCGGGGGCCGGCACUGCUGCCCCGUGUGCCGCUGGCCCCCCUAUAAGAAGAAGCCGCCCCGCGCGCCCCGCCAGCCUGCGCCGGGCCACCUCCCGCCCUGAGCGCCACCCGCGCCUCGCUCGGUACCUUGGUGCCUGGCGCCUGCUGCCUCAGGGCCAUCGGCCUGUUUGUUCCUAGUUCAGUUUUCCCGUUUCUGCUUCGUGCGGGCGGGAAGUUCGCGUUAUGCUAAUGCUGGUGACAGAAUUUACUUGGUUGCCUUGUGUGUCAAUUGAAUGCGUACUUAAUUGUAAAGACUUAUUUACAACUUUGGAAACUCAGAAGUUAAUGUUUUUUGUAAGCACAAGAGAAAUAUGAUAGAAAUUUAUCCUAGCAAGACUUUACAAGGUAGAUCAGAUUCUACUGGAAUUGAGCUGGUUUCUUAUCCUAAAUGUCUCCUCCCUUUUUACAAAGAUCUCUGUCCAGCACCUCUUGGUUCAAUAAUGUAUGCUCUGAGACAUGAAAUUAAAACAGACCUAUGAAAUAAAUUAUUUUAAAACCAGAAGGUUGUAGAUUUCCAAUGUGAAAUUGUUAUUGAUAAGGUGGUCGAUUUUUGCAGGUAUGUUGCUAAAUUUCACAGGUAAGGCAAGCGUGACUCUUGUGGGGAAAUGGAUAGCAAUUGUGUUGCUGAGGCUGGCCAGAGCAGGCGUCAGCCACCGGUUAGCCGGUUGUGUGAUGGGAAGGAGUUUCAUGGGGGCUGCUUUAUAAGGAUUAAAUAAAUAAUUUAUCAGGAUUUAGCAUACGUGUCUUAAGAACAUGAGCUACGGCAUAUCCACCACACAGAAAGUACCUUGUUUUGACUUUUUAUCUUGAAAAACUUUAAGACUGGAGAGAAUCUGGAUCAUAGUGCAGUUAGCAUCAUUUCUCUAAGUCACCAGCUCGCAUUUUUACCUUGGCUUCAUCGACUCGAUGUGCAUUUGAGCAGUUUCCCCUCAUCCUCUCUGUCUGCUGCUGAUCCUUUCAGAAAUAAGCGUGAGCCUCCUGGAGCCUCCCUCCCGUGCGCCGCCCUUGCUCCUGAGAGGUCGGUGUAGGAGCUGCUCCCCAGCUGCUCCCAGGAGGGCCUCCCUGGGGUCCCUGUUAUGUUUGCAUUGUGAACUCAGAGGCCGGGGCACUGGGUGUGCCCUGCAGCCGCCUCCCGUGCCCUCUGAUGUGCACGCCAGGCCGGCGCUCACACCAGCACACCUCCAGCCCGGUCGGCCCUUCCUGACACCAGCGUUUUUGAGGAGGAUCAGCCAGUGAGGGGAAGCUGCACAUUCUGGUUUCUCUGUUUGUCACGGGUAGAUUGGGGCUGGGUGAGGCGUACCUCCCAGGUGUGGUACGGAGGCUGGUGUCAGCUGGUCCCGCUGCCCACGCUGUUUGGUGCACGUGCUCUGCGCCUUGGCUUCCCACGUGAGCUAUGAAGUCUUGUGAGAAGGAGCCUGAGGCCGUCUGCACGUCCCUUCCUCUGUCCGGGUCUGACACCCGCGGGUGAUGCCGCCUGAGGCGUGCGUGGAGAGGGCUCCCCACUCAGCCCGCUGUCACUGCUGUGCUCACUGGCGUUUCUUCGUGAAGAGCUUUUCUUCGUCCUGCACGUUGACUGACGUGGGCUCACAGACCCUGUACCUCCUGUGUUUAGGUCAAGACUGCUCACUCUCCGAACUGCAGAUGCACGCUGGGCAGGUGGGACUCCGCGGCUCAGAGGUCCGCUGCCGCGCUCCCCCCAGCCCUGGGGCGCUUCCCUGCUAUUUCACGGGAGAUGUUCCAGACUCACUUUGCACUUCCCUGGCUCUUUUCUUCAAAGUACCCAGGUUUCAUGGUUGACUUUUUAGAUCCUUAAUUGACUGCUGUCCAAAUGGUAAGAAAAUAAAACCUUACUCUGAAUUGCCGCUAAGGUACCAACAUUUUUUUCUUGCAUGAUACAUUGUACCUCAUCUUCCAAUCCAAAUAGGAAAGCAUUUUAAGUUGCCCCUCAACCUAAAAUGGUGUUGCCCAAUAACCAACCCCAUCAUAAAUGGGAAACACCACAGGUGACGCGUGCACUCAGCCCAACAACCCGCUGGACAUCGCGGCCACAGCGCCCUGCCGACCGCCGGUCGCGUCCCCUCGGGCUCGGGUGCCUGGCAUUGGAGAACGCACGCUGCCGUGCGGCAGCUGGGAGAAGAGCGGGCCGGAAGUUCAGCUCCUGCUCUCCUAGUACAGCAUGUCUUCUGCACCACCGAACGUCGGCCUGUGAGUCAGGGUCCACCGCUAGGAAUGCCUAGCAGUUACCGCGGCAUGCGGCUCGUGCCUGGGUGGCACGCGGGUUCCCGGGAGUCUUCCCCAGUCCACAUGUCCAGCAGUGGCCCUCCUGGGUGUCGGUUUUACAUCCACCCCUCUGCUGGGCAGCGCCUUCCAGAUGCCCCUUGGUACUCCGCUUUCCACUCCUGCCACGCCCGGUCCUCCUGUACGCAGAUACACACGCGCGUGAAAUAUGAACAUCAGAAGCCGGGAGCGGCCGCCUUGGUGCUGGGCCAGGAGAGGGCAAAGGGACACAUCAGCCAGGCCCCCGUGUGAAUGUGCACGUGUGUACACGGGUGGAGGCUUUCCUAGAUCCCCCGAGGCAGAGGACUGGAGUUCUUCAGUCUGACUUCAUUCUGUUUGGAGAGGACGUCUGGUUUCCUGGAACGGCCAGCGUGUUGGAUGAAGCGUCGAUCCCCAGGGCGAGGGCCUGGGGGUUGCUGAACUGCCCACGGACUGACGGCAGGACACACGGUUCUGUUCCCAUUAGACCGUCGUGUUCCUUCGCAUCUCCCAGAGGACCUAGGCAGACAGCAGUCAGCUGUUGGUCCCUUCUGCUGCUGGACGUGAUCUACCACAUGGAGGAAAACACCAAGACUGACUUGUCAGAUGUUGAUUUUGAUCAUCGUCUGAAUUGUUCUGUCCCAUUCUUCAUCAGUACUGCGUAUUGGUUUGUGAUCAGUGGUGAUCUCUGCUCAGUGUUGGCUGCCUUCCUACCGCAGGCUUCCCUGGUUCUGUGUCAAGACCCGUUGAGCUGGUAGUCCCUCGCGGUGGGUGGAGUCCUGCAAGAGCUGCCCGAGACGGACAGCGAGGGAGGCUGGGACACGGCCUCCGAGUCCACGGAGGGAGGCCCAGCAGGGCCUGGCCAGGGCACAGCGUGGGCUGCCUACUGUGUUGGUGAAAAGAUGUGUCAGCCAGUCCCACGGGUGCCAGCCUCUUUGUGACCACUUGAUAGGAUUCCAUCUUGUUCACAUUCUACU